UCAGACAGGUUACACUGAAAAUCGAAGUGUCAAUUUCCACAGCUUCAGGUAGUCGUAAGAUUGUAACCGUAGUUCGCGUUUGGCAGCACUGCAGGAGAAGUCAGCAGUAGGUACUAGUAGUCUAACUCUAAUGUAGCUUAUUGAACAAAGAGACGUGAUCUAGAAUAGUCUACAAGCCACCAGUGUACCAUAAAGGCGGCAAGCAAGCAAGCAGACACAGUGGUCGUCGUCGUGUUGGUAUAGUAUAGAAGCAUGGAUCCGUUACUAUACCUUGGUGGCUUAAUAGUUUUGUUUAUUUUGUGGAUCAAAGUAAAGGGUUUAGAUUACGUUAUAAUUCACCAGCGGUGGAUUUUCGUCUGCCUCUUUCUCUUACCACUAUCAGUUAUAUUCGAUGUGUAUUAUUAUGUAAGAGCAUGGAUCAUCUUCAAGAUGUGUUCUGCACCGAAACAGCACGAUCAACGGGUCAGAGACAUACAAAGACAGGUGCGGGAGUGGAGGAAGGAGGGGGCAAAAACCCACAUGUGCACUGGGCGCCCUGGCUGGCUGACCGUGUCCCUUAGAGUGGGGAAGUACAAGAAGACCCACAAGAACAUCAUGAUCAACAUGAUGGAUAUACUGGAGGUGGACACCAAGAGACAGGUAGUGCGUGUUGAACCUCUGGCCAAUAUGGGUCAGGUGACAGCUCUACUCAAUUCCAUUGGCUGGACAUUGCCAGUGUUGCCAGAGCUGGAUGACCUCACUGUAGGUGGACUGGUCAUGGGCACCGGGAUCGAGUCCUCCUCACACAUCUACGGCCUUUUCCAGCACAUCUGUGUGGCCUACGAGCUGGUUCUGGCGGACGGCAGUCUGGUCCGAUGCACUGAGGAAGAGAACACCGAUUUGUUCUAUGCAGUACCCUGGUCCUGUGGAACCUUGGGGUUCUUGGUCGCUGCCGAGAUAAAGAUCAUCCCGGCAAAGACCUGGGUGAAGCUCCGCUAUGAGCCGGUGCAUGGCCUCAAUGCCAUCUGCCAGAAGUUUGCCAGUGAGUCAGCCAACAAGGAGAACCAGUUUGUGGAGGGCCUUCAGUACUCCCUGGAUGAGGCAGUGAUCAUGACUGGCACCAUGACCAACGAGGCAGAGCCAGACAAGAUCAAUCGCAUCGGGCUGUACUACAAGCCUUGGUUCUUCAAGCACGUGGAGAGCUUCCUGAAGACAGACUGCACAACUGUAGAGUACAUCCCCCUGAGACACUACUACCACAGGCACACACGCAGCAUCUUCUGGGAACUGCAGGAUAUCAUCCCGUUUGGGAACAACCCCUUCUUCCGCCUGGUGUUUGGCUGGAUGGUGCCCCCUAAGAUCUCGCUGCUGAAGCUGACGCAGGGCGAGACCAUCCGCCAACUCUACGAGCAGCACCACGUGGUGCAGGACAUGCUGGUGCCCAUGAAGCACAUGCAGGCAGCCAUCUCCCGCUUCCACGAGGACAUCCAUGUGUACCCUCUGUGGCUGUGCCCCUUCAUGCUGUCCAGCCGGCCUGGCAUGGUACACCCGAAGGGCGACGAGGACGAGCUGUACGUGGAUAUCGGCGCUUACGGGGAGCCCAGGGUCAAGCACUUCCAGGCCCGCGCCUCCACUCGCCAGCUGGAGAAGUUUGUGAGGGAAGUUCAUGGAUUCCAGAUGCUUUAUGCUGAUGUCUACAUGGAGCGACCGGAAUUCUGGGAAAUGUUUGAUGGAAGCCUGUACCAUAAACUCAGGGAUGAGUUGAAUUGCAAGGGUGCCUUCCCUGAGGUGUAUGACAAAAUCUGCAAGUCUGCGCGGCACUGAUUUCCAUCCUGACAAGAACUGUAAGAUCCCACAAAGUGACCCCUCUGUAACCCUAUGAGCCUUGUUCCAGACCACAGUGAUGUUGCCUACACACCAUAUUUUUACAAAUAUAUUUUUGAACCACCCAUUUUUUUAACAAACCAACUAAAGAAAGAGCCAUUUUGAUAGGAAAGCACAAAUUAACUUUACACUAGAUCGGUAAAAUGUAUAUUUCUAUUUUUGACUAGAAUUUCAAGUUGAACUGUUAACAUUCUGGAUUAACAAUAUAAUAACAGCCUCUAGACAGGUGGCCUUUGAAGAGUGAGUGAUAUCUGAAUGACCUGCAUCACCCUCGUUUAUGACCUGUCUCUCCCACUUUGCACACACACUCUCGCAAGAUUUCACUCGGCAAAGGGUUCCAACAUGUGUGCACUUAAUGUAAUGCUUCCCAUAGAAUUUCUCAUUCCCACUGAUGAAUAAAGUAUUUUGUAGUGUGUAUCUCUACAGUGCAUUCUAUUUCUGGAUGCCUUCCUUGUAUGUUUCAUGUUUCAACAUUAAUAACUCUGUGAACAAUACUGUGAAUUAGGUUCAUUUUACAAAAGGCUCUUUGGAAAAUGUCUAUUUGGUGCAGUGUGGUGUUGACACUAAGCACUUGAAGCAGGGUCUCCCCAAUAAUGCUCGCCAUUCCUUUAAUUAUAUUUAAUGGUUUUUGCAGAACAAUACUGUUAUUUUAAUAGAUGCGCUGCUCCCUAACUCACUGAAUGACUGUCCCAAGUGCCACUGUAAUUAUUUUGUCAACAAACAGGAAAUAAUGUAGAAGCAAACUACUUCUUGUUUCCUUAUUCCUCUUCUAUCUGUAAGUCUUCUAUCUGUAAUCUGGGCAAAAGUGUCUGCCAAAUAACAAAACCAUAACCACCUAUGUUUCUCCUCCUUUCUUUGAUAUAUUUGUAUGGUUUAUUGUGUAGUCAACACAACACUUAACAGUAUAAAACUGAAAUACUUACCAUCUAAUACCGCAUUGGUACAGGCUUAUUUUUUGUAAAUAAAACCUUCAUUUUUCGUUUGUGGUCCCACUUUUCUCUUUACACUUAAAAGGCAUUCCAAUUAGUAUAGGCUUUUAAAGUCCUAAUGUUUUGCUAUAAAUGGAUAUUACAGACUUUCUUUUUGUUUAUUUUGUCAAGCAACCUUGAGUGGUAAGGCAUUUAUUAAUAAGCAUAAUAUUUUGAGAUACUUGAAAGCACUCAAGUGUCAGAUCUUCAUGUUGAUAAUCAAGUCUAUCAGACAGGCUAUAUUCAUCCUCUGGGUUUAAGAGAAGAUGUCAAUGUCUCAUUUUUGUAAUGCUGCUGCUGCACUUGUAAUGUAUAUGCCCAAUAAAACCCUGAAACCUUAAA